AUGGACACUCCUAUGGAUCCAAAUGUCAAGCUUAUUCUUGGACAAGGGGAGCCAUUGGAAGAUCUUGGUAGAUAUUGGAGGCUAGUUGGUAAACUAAAAUAUCUUAAAAUUACACAUCUAGAUAUUUCGUUUGUUGUUAGUGUAGUAAUUAAGUUUCUCCAAGCACCAUGUAGUGAUCACUGGGAUGUAGUAAUUCGCAUUCUCAGGUAUAUCAAAGGACCUCUUGGGCAAAGUCUGUUAUAUGAAAACAAGAGUCAUUCUCAAGUUAUUAGGUACUCUGAUGCAGAUUGGGCAGGUUCUCUUGCACAUAAGCGAUCUACUUUAGGAUAUUUUGUUAUGAUUGGAGGGAAUCUAAUAUCCUGUAAGAGUAAAAAGCAAGAUGUAGUUGCUAGAUUAAGUGCAGAAGUAAAAUACAGAGCUAUGGCUCCAGUAACACGUGAGCUUAUCUAG